AUGCCCUCCAUUGAAGAAUUGCUCAACAACAACAAGAAAAAGAAGGAAGAAAUCCGCAAGACCAAUCCCGUCCUCAAAGCUGACUCGGAGCCACCUUCUCAUAUCGACCAAGAUCAAGUCCGCAAAGAAGUCGAGGACUUGAUCCAAUCCAACAAUGUAAUGGUAUUUUCCAAGAGCUACUGCCCGUACUGUACCCAGGCCAAGAUGGCAUUGAAAAGUAUACCAAACCUAGAAUACAAGACGAUUGAAAUGAAUGACGGCGAGGAUUCUCAACAAUACGAAGGAUGGCAACACAUGGUGGCCAAAGUGGCCAGCGAAAAGGUCACGCCCGAGACUGCCAACAACAAUACCAUGAGUGUGCCACAAAUAUUCAUUAAUCAAUCUUAUAUUGGAGGAGCAGAUGAUCUCGCCGAUAUGUACACGGAUGGGAGAUUGGCCAAGCUAUUGGGAAGGCCGUCCUUGUCAUGA